GUCAUGGUGGCGUACUGUCGUAAAAUGACAGCGCGGUCGUGAUGUUAUCUAUGAACAGCUUGAACUGAACUUUAAACAUCUUAAAAUCUCGAUCUGCUGUUCACUAACGGUCGCGUAACUCAGGUAAUUACCCAAACUAACGACGUGAUAAUAGGAGGAUGCUUAAAUUCAAGUUCGGCACAGGUGUAUAUGGAGUGUGAUGAUGGGUUUCUGGCAGCCGGUGACCAACCUCAGGGAUUAUGUACCCCAAAAUCCUCCAGUGGUGACAUUUUUCCUGUGUCUGUUGACUCUGGCUAUCACCUUUAUCUGCCUCAGUUCUUACAGCUACAACCACACUCUUCCUAACCCCGACUCAGUGAAGGACUGGAACCAUCUACUGUCCUCUCUUUCACAGCACCGGUUGUGUGUGCAAGCCAAUGCAAGUUCAUCUGAGCUUGUCUCACCAGUGCCCUCUCCUCUGAUGAAUAAAGACAGUUUAGCUACCCCAACAAAGACUCCUCUCACCACUUUGCAUCUCAAGGUUCCUCUGUCUGUGACUACCAACUCAAACAGUGGCUCCCUGAAAAACCUUGGUUUACACACUGCCUUCAGGGCCAGUCAGUUACAUCUUGGAGGAACGGAGACUGUUGAUGUGACUCUGGCGUUUUUGUCCGAAAAUGAUACCUACACCUGCCUCACCAUAAGUGCCCCAGCGCACCUCCUGCCCAUGAGACUACUUCCGCCUGAGUGCCCAGCAUUUAAGAAAAACACUUCACCCAUCCAUGUUGAAGUGAGCGCCCAGAAGCCUGCUGCAUCACAAACCUGCUACAGUCUGCACUCACAGGAUGAUCCUACACUCACAGUCAUGUUAACACAGGAGGAGCGAAACGUGGCAGUGCGACAUCUGUUGGAAGUCAGUGUGUGUCUGCUGGGAGUUUGUUUGGUACUCUGUGCAGCAGCCAGUCUCACACAAUCGGUCAUACGCCGCAAUCAUUGGAAUGGACUAGAUCUACAAAAUGCGCCCUUGAUGGAUAAAUGAAUAUUUUUUGUCCGCUGCAGAGCAUUAUGUUUUAAAGGAAAUUCCAUCUAUUUCUAUUGGGAUACUUAUUCAGACUUAUUCAACAUUUGGAACACAGCGUGCAUUUUUAUGUAGCAUUCAGAGAGAUGAAGAUACAGUAUUGAACGUCUGCAGCAACAUUUUUGACAUCUCUCGAAAGUUUUUCCUACUUCAAGAAAGUGUGAUGCUUAAUCGGUAGAGAAUACAUGAAAUAUGACAAUGAAAUGUUACACAACAUUUUUUGGAGGCUAAUGGUGUAAUUGGUUUAUUAAAGUAUGAAACUCCACCUGACCUAUGAUAUCUCUUAGGACCUUCUCCCAAAAUGUUGUGUGUUGCCAAAUAUGAUCAGUUGACACACUCACAAUAAACAAAUGGUUUUGUUUUUCUAAA